CAGCAGUACCACCCGCAAGUUCCGCCCACCUGUGCCCAGCAGUAUCACCCACCUGUGCCCAGCAGUGCACCCACCUGUGCCACUCUGCAGUGUCACACACCUGUGCCCAGAAGUGCCACCUACCUGUGCCCACCAGUGCCACCCACCUGUGCCCCCACCAGUGCCACCCACCAGUGCCCACCCACCAGUGCCACCCACCAGUGCUGCCAGUCAGUGCCACCAGUCAGUGCCCAGGGGUUGUGCCACUCAGUGCCCAGCAGUGAUGCCAGUCAGUGCCGUCUAUCAGAACCCAUCAUCAGUGUCACCUAUCAGUGCCCCUAUCAGUGCUGC